AUUUCUAAAACCCUAAAACCCCCUUUCCACAAAUCACAAUUUCUCCCCUCUCUCUCUCUCUCUCUCUCUCUCUCUCUCCAUUUUCUCUUCUUAAGCUCCAACAGUCUACUAUGGCGUCACAACUGCUUACUUAUAGCUCUUCUUCAAUGGAGAUUUUUUUCUCCUCUUUACUGGAUUCUCUCAACCUUGAAGUUGCUCUUCUUUCUCUUCAAUCUGUUGCCUUCUUACAGAGAAUAUUUCUCUUUUGUUUGACUGUUGAAUGUCUCACAGAUAACGAGCUUCUCCGGAACAAAUGGCUUUCUCUAUCCCAAAUACAUGAAGUAAAAAAAGCCGAUGAUGAGGCCAAGGAUGCUAGUGACUCAGAGAACGAUGAUGAGGAUGACGAUGAUGAAGAUGGUGAGGAUGAUGGUGAUGAUGAUGAUGAUGAAGACUUUUCUGGAGAUGAUGAGAGUGACGAUGAAGGAGAUCCAGAUGAAGAUACGGCCAAUGGUGGUGGUGGAAGCGAUGACGAUGAUGAUGAUGAGGAUGAUGAAGACAACGACGACGAUGAAGAUGAUGAUGAAGAGGAGGACGAAGAUGACGAUGAAGAUGAAAAACAACAACCACCUCAGAAAAAGAAGAAAUGAGAGUUGAGUUGUUAUAUUUACUCCUUCCCCUUUUUUUCCUUCCUCUUUUAGAUUUUAUCAUUGGUGGUGGGUCUUUGUUUCCUAUUUAGGAUUUUGGUUGAUAAAAUUAGUUUGUGUGGUUUGCAUUAGUGUUUUAACGUUAGUUUUAGAUGGGGAAGAACAUUCUUUGUUGUUUUUCAAUGAAUGAUCAAACUUCUUUGUUAGGCGUUAGUUCUUUAUUGCUUUUUUAAAUAUAGUGUUGGAUGAGAAAACAGAAAGGGUUAGGUGUGAAUCAAAUCCAGAACCUUUUUUGAAA